GGGGAGACACGAUGAAUGGGUUGCUUGGGUCCUUUUUCAUUCUUGUGCGUAUUACCCAAGAAGUAGUUACUGGGUCUGUGGUCUCUCAGCCUGACCAAGUGAUCUUUUCUAGGCUGGAUGAGACUGUGACGGUGAAAUGUAUGGCACUGAAAGACAGUUCUGAGUAUUUAUUUUGGUAUCAGCAGAGAUUAGGACAGAUGCCAAGGUGUAUAUGCAUGGCACGAACAAAUACAGAUCCCCACUAUGUUGGUGAGUUUAAAGACUCACACAUCUCAUGUCAGACAACAGAAGGAGGAUUUGAUCUGAAAAUCAGGAACAACAAUUGGUCAGAUGAAGCCUCAUAUUACUGUGCCAGCAGAAACAGGUCCCACUUCAUGGAUUUUGCAGAGAGAACCUUUUUAAGGAUAACAGACGAGACACAGCAGACCUCCAACGCGGUGACAGUGAUCCAAUCUCCGACACAAGACCCAGUUCAUUCUGUGGACUCAGAACCUCUUCAGUGUCCAGGAGUAAGUGAGACCACAACAGAAGAGCUCAGUUUGUACUGGUUUGGACCUGCUUCAAGAGAUUUCCAUCCAGGACUUAUUUAUGCCUACAGAAACAGCAGCUCCAUGCUGAAGUGUAUGCAUGAGCUAGCUACAAGCAAUGACAGCAAUGCUGCAACCUUCUACUGUGCUGUGAAGACAUGUGGACAGAUAUUGUUGGGGAAUGGCACAACAGUUGAAACUGAAGGAUCUGUGGCUCACAUGAUUCCUGUGUUGGGGGGAACAUUAUGCCUCUGUGUCAUCUUGGACAUUUAUCUAAUUUAUUCAUAUUACAAAAAGAGAACAUGUCUGAACUGCCAAGGACGACCUCCUUAAGAUGUCCGGCCAAACACACAUAUGGGCAGAGAGGCCUCUGAUCAGAAAUAUGAUGAGAGUUUGAGUUAUGCAGCACUGCAUUUUUCUCAGAGAGCAACACCAGAGGGCCGGCAGAGAAGAGAACCCCCUCAGCAAAGUGUGUAUUCUGAUGUCCGAGGCCCACAAUGGUUAACACACACUUGUAGAGUAUUCACCGUUUCAUUUUUUUAACAUGGCAAAAAUGUUCAGCUGAAAUCUAGAAAUAUUGUCGACCUUUUAAUGAUUACUUUUUAACGCGUGAUUCAUCUUGUGAAAUCUAAAUUUCAGAUGUUAAGUAAAAACAAGAAUAAUUAUUUGUAAUAGUGUGGUAAUAAUUGUGAAUGUUGUGAAUUCUGAAUACUAGAUAAUAGUGAAUAUACGUAUAGCCAUCUGUACAACUGUUGCUAUUCAAUAUGUAUACUUAACUGAUUUCACAAACAUCUUCAUUUCUAUAGUUUUUUAAAUGAUUUGUCUGUAUAACAUUGAGCAUGUCAAUAA